CUAAUUUUAAAAGUUAGUAUAAUCUUCCAAGCCAACGCAAAUGAAAAAACCGAAGAAUCCUUUAAAACACACAAAAUAAACCCUAAAAACGCUCCGAUUCCCAGAAAACCGAAAUGAAAAGGGACCAAUCGCACUUAAUAUUUCAAUAAUACGUGGAGUUUUUAUGUAACAACAGCUUAGCAAAAUUUAAAAAAGAAAAAUCCCCCUUUCUGUCUCGAUCCAGGAUCAGAAUUUCCAGCUGAAAGGUUUUAUGGUAUUAGGGGUAAUUUUUGGGUUUCGGCAGUUUGUAUUGAUAGGGUUUUGAGAGUUAAGAAUGGGGAUUCAAACUAUGGGAUCCCAAAGCAAUGGACAACAGUCUCUUUUACAGCCAUCUCCAUUGGUGAGGCAGAAUUCAUGGUAUAGUCUUACUCUUAAUGAAGUUGAAAACCAAUUAGGGAACUUGGGGAAGCCUUUAGGUAGUAUGAACCUUGAUGAGCUUCUUGAUAAUGUAUGGAGUACCGAGUUGAAUCCGCCGUUAGGGAUGAAUAAUACCGAAAGCAUUUCGUCAUCUUCUUCAUCUCUUCAACGUCAAGCUAGCUUAACCUUGGCUAGAGCUUUGAGUGGUAAGACGGUAGAUCAAGUGUGGAGUGAGAUACAACAAGGUCAAAAGAGGAGGUACGGUGAGGGGAUGAAGGAUCAAGAAAGAGAAGCAAAGCUUGGCGAAACCACAUUGGAGGAUUUUUUGGUACAAGCAGGGCUUUUUGUUGCUGAAACAUCGUUGGAUCCUACAAUGGAAUUUGAUAAUACCCGUCAGCAAAGUUUGCCACACCAAUUCAGAUUGUCACCUACACCAUCUAUUGGUACAUUAUCGGAUACACCUAUGACGGGGCAGAAACGAGAUGUAUUUGAGAAGAGUAUUGAGAGUUUGCCACAGCAAUUUGGGUUGUCACCUACCCCAUCUAUUGGUACGUUAUCGGAUACACCUAUGACGGGACGGAAAAGAGAUGCUCAAGAUGCAUUUGAGAAGAGUAUCGAGAGGAGGUUAAGGAGAAAGAUCAAGAACAGGGAAUCUGCUGCACGAUCACGAGCUAGGAAGCAGGCUUACCACAAUGAGCUGGUUAACAAGGUUUCACGAUUAGAAGAGGAUAAUCUAAAGCUCAAAAGAGAGAAGGAAUUUGAUACAAAAUCUCAGUGUGAAACAUCUGAAACAAGGUAUCAGCUUAGAAGAACAAGUUCCGCCUCUUUUUAACUCGUGUUUUCCGCUGUUUUAAGCUCUCUAGUUGGCUUGUUGACAGAGCUUCGUUGUGAAUUCGUUCCAAGGGUUUGGCAUUCUGUACAUUUAUGAUUAUCAUAUGUGUUGGUUUUUACCUUCCUCUGAAAAACCGCCAUGUUUAUAUGUGUUAGGUUUUUAUUUAUUCGGCUGAACGACAAGUAAAUCGGUGUUGAUUAGGCUAUAAUCCUACCUUUAAAGUAGAAAAAGCUUGGGGAAAAAGAAAUGUUGUGCAAACAUUGACUAUGGGAAUGCAAUAAUAUUUGCUUUAAACCCUGCAUAA